GGGCUGCCCUGCUUUUCAUGCGGAUGUGGUAACCUCGGCGGAGCCCUCACCGGUAGUGAUGAGGCUGACAGCUCCACGGCGGAGCGAUCUGCGUCGCCCACAAAAGAGAUGAGCGACGACGUUAGCUUGGAAGAUCCCAUUACAGGGUCCGCACGUUUUUAAAAUGGUCGAAACAAAAGCGUGAGAAAAGCGACAGGCCAGCCACCAAAAAAACAAAAAUAACAGUCUCGGCACAAUUCCUCAACAUCCCAACCCGAUUAACUGUARUAACUUUAAGCGGACUCGGUGGCCAUUCGCGUGGGAUAUGGAGAAGAAAAGGUGGGAUUGCACUGCUCUCCCCAAAGGCUGGAAAAUGGAAGAAGUGACCAGAAAGUCGGGUUUGUCAGCUGGGAAAAGCGAUGUCUAUUACUUUAGUCCAUCUGGGAAAAAGUUUCGGAGCAAGCCCCAACUGGCCCGUUACCUCGGCAACCAGAUGGACCUCAGCUCCUUCGAUUUUCGCACGGGGAAGAUGCUGAUGAGCAAACUGAACAAGAACCGCCAGAGGCUGCGGUACGACAACAACAACCAGAACAAGGGCAAACCUGACCUGAACACAUCGCUCCCAGUCAGACAGACGGCCUCCAUUUUUAAGCAGCCUGUGACCAAGGUUACCAACCAUCCCAACAACAAAGUGAAGACGGACCCUCAGAAAGCCGUUGAUCAACCGCGACAGCUGUUUUGGGAGAAGAAGCUUAGUGGUCUUAAUGCUUAUGACAUUGCAGAGGAGCUGGUUAAAACGAUGGAUCUACCUAAAGGUCUGCAAGGUGUGGGUCCGGGCUGCACAGACAAGACGCUGCUGUCGGCGAUAGCGAGCGCGCUCCACACCAGUGCYGCUCCCAUCACCGGGCAGCUCUCUGCCGCUGUGGAGAAGAACCCGGGGGUCUGGCUGAACACUGCGCAGCCGCUGUGCAAGGCCUUCAUCGUGACGGACGAGGACAUCAGAAAACAAGAGGAGCUGGUGUUCAGUGUGAGGAAGAGGCUGGARGAGGCGCUCAUGGCCGACAUGUUGGCCCACGUUGAGGAGGCUGCCAACGACGGGGAGCCUCUGAAGGAGGAGGGCGCCGGCAGUGAAGACAUGGAGAGCGUAUAGCACAGGGUUUUUCAAAGUCCAAAUGAACUUAAUCGACACCUCUAUCUGAGACCCUAACCAGCCCAGACCGGAAGGAACCGCCCCAGGACAAGAGUCACUCUCCACCCCCUUCAGUCCAGCACUCCCCCCAGCUCUUCCAUCAUUAAGCCCACUCUAUGGGACUCCAUGACUGUAUUUAUGAGCCCAGAGGAUUUUUAAAUAGGAAACAUUAAAAAAAAUAAAAUCAUAAAUGAUAUAAAAGGAGAAAAAAAUAUUUACAUCAUGUCCAAUUCAGUGUUUGGUGAUAAAUGUAUUUUUUACUAAGAGUUUUGAAUGUGAUUUUUUUUUUUUUGACAAUCAUUAAAUCCAAAUGUUUUUCAUGUCGUCAGA